CGCUGCCGCCCGAGCCGGGCCGGGCCGGGCCGCGCCGCGCCGCCGCAGCAGCCACCGGGGCAGCGGGGCCGGUGCCGCUCGGAGCCGCUCGGGCCGGGUUCCCGCGGCGCAGGGCUCGACCCGCGGAGCCCCCGGUGGCGGCGGCGGGAGCGGCGCUCCCGGCUCGCCCGCAGCAGCCCCAUGGCGGCGCUGGAGCUGCCGCGGCAGCCCCCGAACGCCGCCGAGUCCCCGGAGCCGGAGCCCGGCGGGCGCUACGAGGCCGUGGUGCCGCACUGGUUCUACUGCAAGGUCACGGACACGCGGGAGCGCUGGGUGCCGUUCAGCGCGCAGGACUCGGAGCGGCUGGAGGCGGCGCACGGCUCAGGGAAGGACCAGGAUGGCGUGGUGGUGCCCACCUCGGGGGGCAGGUACGACGUGCACCUGCGGGCGCGGCAGCGCGUGGCCGUGUACUGGGAGGAGGAGGCGGCCGAGGUGCGGCGCUGCACCUGGUUCUACAAGGGGGACAAGGACAACAAGUUCAUCCCCUACUCGGAGUCCUUCAGUGAGAAACUGGAGGAAGCUUACAUGAUUGCCAUGACCCUGGGUGAGUGGAAGAAGAAGCUGGAGUCCCCCAACAGAGAAGUCAUUAUCCUGCACAACCCAAAGCUGAUGGUUCACUACCAUCCCGUUGCCAGCUCCGACGACUGGGUCUCCACCCCCACGGAACAAGGCCGGCCCCGCACUGUGAAGAGGGGAGUGGAGAACAUCGCUGUGGAGAUCCCCAACGGAGAGCCGCUGCAGAUCGACCACCUGGUGUUCGUGGUGCACGGCAUCGGCCCCGCCUGCGACAUCCGCUUCCGCAGCAUCGUGCAGUGUGUGAAUGAUUUCAGGAACGUCUCCCUCAGCAUGCUGCAGGCACACUUCAGGAAGGCCCAGGAGCAGCAGCAGGUCGGACGGGUGGAGUUCCUGCCUGUGAACUGGCACAGCUCCCUGCACUCCACGGGCGUGGAUGUUGACCUGGAGCGGAUCACGCUGCCCAGCAUCAACCGCCUGCGUCACUUCAUCAACGACACCAUCCUGGACGUGUUCUUCUACAACAGCUCCACCUAUUGCCAGACCAUCGUGGACACGGUGGCCUCGGAGAUGAACCGCCUGCACCGGCUCUUCCUGCAAAGGAACCCGCACUUCAGGGGCGGGGUGUCCAUCGCGGGCCACAGCCUGGGGUCACUCAUUUUGUUUGAUCUCCUGACGAACCAGAAGGCUGAUCCCGAGGAGAAGGAGCACUGUGUGCAGGGCUCCAGGACAACCUCAAGCACGGGGGGUAUUGAGGAAGUAAAAGAAAUCCUGAAGAAGCUGGAGCUGUCUGAGUACUGUGAUGUUUUUGAGAAGGAGGAAAUGGACAGGCAAGCACUGUUCUUGUGCACAGAGAAAAACCUGAAAGAAAUGGGAAUUCCUUUAGGGCCCAGAAUGAAAAUACUCCAUUACAUCAGCUCCGAGACAGGGACGAAGGGUCGGAGCUCAGCAGCUCCUGGGCACAGUGAAGGUGUGGCUGAGCCAGGGUCCCCAUCCCAGCUCGGGGACAGCUCCAAGGAUGGCAGGAGCUGCCAGUACCGGGACGUUGGCUUGGGACAGGUCUCGGCAAACUACCCCCAGCUGAACUACAAGCCCAGCAUCUUCUUUGCCUUUGGCUCUCCCAUCGGGAUGUUCCUCACGGUGCGAGGAGUGAAGCGCAUCGACCCCAACUACAGCCUGCCCACCUGCAAGGGCUUCUUCAACAUCUUCCACCCCUUUGACCCCGUGGCCUAUCGGAUCGAGCCCAUGAUCGUCCCGGAGCUGGAGUUUGAGCCCAUGCUGCUGCCCCACCACAAGGGCAGGAAGAGGAUGCACCUGGAGCUGAAGGAAGGGCUGACUCGCAUGAGCGUGGACCUGAAGAACAACCUGCUGGGCUCCCUGCGGGUGGCCUGGCAGUCCUUCACCCGUUCCCCUGUGCCAGCCCUGGAGGCGGGGAGCUCUGAAGCUGAGGCAGAGGCAGAGGCCAGCACUGAGAAGCAGCCAGAUGCAAAGCCAGAGGAGCCCCCAGCCACAGUGAAGGAGGAGACCCCUCCCAUCAACGUGGGGAAGCUGAACGGGGGGAACCGCAUCGACUACGUGCUGCAGGAGAAGCCAAUAGAGAGCUUCAACGAGUAUUUGUUUGCACUCCAGGGGCAUCUCUGCUACUGGGAGUCGGAGGACACUGUUCUGCUGGUUCUGAAGGAGAUCUACCAGACACAAGGCAUCGCACUGGAUCAGCCUUUACCAGGGAGCCAGUGACCCCCCUGUGCUGUUCUGGCUGUUUAAUCCCACAGAGUACUCACCAGGAAAGUCCAGAUCUCUUCUCUGCCUUCCUCUCUCCUCUGCUGCCGUGUCCUGCAUGCUGCUUCCCAAGUACUUGCUGCUGCCUGGAGAUAAGGACGGAUUUUCCUCCAUUUUGGGUAGGGCUAGGGGGAAAAACUGUCAAGGAAAACCACUUCUGCUCAAACACACACACCACCUGUACAGUGACUCCCUGUGGCAACGUGUACUUUUAAGCCUGCACCCUGUGAGUCCCCACACCAGCAGAUGAGCUGUCUGGGCUCAGAACCCAGCGAGGCCCUGAGCCCACACCUGGCUCUGUGAGGACACUCACAGCCCAGGACCUUGAGGAGAAAAAGCCUUAAACACAGCAUGGGAAGAGCUGCAGCAGUCUUGGAGCAAGGGAGAUUGCUGACUGCUGACACAACCCCCCCAGCAGGACCCGGGAGGUGAAGCUCAGGGCACAGACUGCUGCUGAGCCACAGGGGCUGCCCAGCAGCCACACUCAAUCCCUGCACUGCUGCUGCACCCUGUGAGAGUGGCAUGCUUGUGCUCCUCCCUGCUGUGGGGUGCUGCUGGGAACAGCUCAGCACCCCAACCCAAACCAACCAGCCCACCCAGACCCUCCCCACAGUCCUGACCCAGCCAGUGCUGUUGGGGACAGCUCAGCACCCCAACCCAGCCCACCCAGACCCUCCCCAGUUCUGCUGGGGACAGCUCAGCACCCCAACCCAGCCCACCCAGACCCUCCCCAUGGCCCUGACCCAGCCAGUGCCCCCCUGUCCCUGCUCUGAGGAAAGCUUCCCCUCCAGCUGCAGCCAGCCCAGGGAACAGCAGCUGCUGCUGGCAGUGCCAGGCAGGGUGAGCCCUCUGGGCCCUGCAGGGACACAGGGCAGGGCUGCUGUCCCACAGGGCUGGCAGGUGAGCACAGAGAUCUGUGCCCUCCACGCUCCCAUCCCGGUUUAGCUUUAAAUGUACAAAACGCAGCCAGCAAAGGUGGAGCCCAGAUCCAGCAGGGUCUGGCCACUGCAGGAACGACACCAGCUCUGUAGGCAGCUCAGUCUGCACCUGCCUUGAAGCUCUUUUCUGAGGGGGCAGGGCUGGAGAGCCUCUGGGAUCCUUCCCUGGGCACCAAAGCCCCGGGCCUGGGGCUCCAGUGCUGUGUGAGGUGUUGCUCAGCCAAACCACUUUCCCUCCUGCUGACUUUUGCCCUGCAUGGGGUAAGGAGCCUUUUUUCCCCACAGCCUGUUGGUUUGUUUUUCCUCCAUUGUCUGUUAUUUGCACUAUUGGAAAGGUUUUGUUUGCAGCCUCUAUCCCUCCUCCCCUCCCAAGGAACAGAAGCUGUUCUUUACCUGACUGCAGGAACAGCCAAGCUGCUUGGUCAGCACCUGACCCACUGCUGGCUAAGGUCUCAUGGGAGUAGGAAAAGGGACAGUCUUAACAUGGGACACUAAUGAUCAGCUUUUUAAGUUAUGCACUUUGUUUAAAAAAAAAGGAAGUUAAAUACAUUUUAAAUGUUAUUUAAUGUCUUUUCCAGUAAAAGCCAAAAUAAAUAAGUAGAUGAC